AUGCACCCGGUCAUCGGCCUGGUCGUUGCAUUGCUGGUCAGGACGGCCGCUGGAGACCAGACUCCCCUUGGCAACGAGGAAUUCGCCAUUGGCUUCGACCUGACACCAUCCUAUGGAACAGCAGCCAUCGUGUCCAGCAAUGGCAUAGGGAAACCUCUUGCGUUCGUCAACGGCAGUGGCCUGUACAAAAAGGUCAUGAAUCAGCUUUCCCACAGCCUCUUCUGGCCACCACGCCAAUACAGAACCUACCCGCGGCCUGACCCACCCAACGCCACGGCUGUGGCCAUCCUGGCAGAGAUGCUCGAUGCGUUGCGCAGUGAAGUCGAAGCGGAGAUAGGAGGCUCGGUACCAUCAGCGGCAGUAACAGUCCCUCAUCUGUCCCAGUUAUAUGAUACCACGCUCCAAGCUGCUUGCGACGCCAUCCACUUGCAAUGCAUCCAGCUCUUCCAGCACGAGGACUUCCGGGAAUCGUUGACACGCCAUGAGAACGCUCUCAUCGCAGGCCACGGUCUGGGACUCUGUCAGCCUUAUACUGUGACAAACCACAACUGCUCGUUGACACAACGUCUACCUUCUGAAAGACACUACCUCAUUGGCUACUAUGCAGACGGUGUCGAGGCUGUACUGACGUCCAAUGUCAGUUCGGCGUACGCGGUCGACUCGUUCGCUUAUGCAGACUUCUCGCUUGGCAGCAGCAUGAGAGACAAGAAUCCGAGGGAGGAGUUCUACUGGGAAGAAGUCAGAAGGCUCAUCAGCUUGCCCCUGGUCAUCCUGCACGGCGACAGAAGCGCAGAUCAAAAGUUCCAGCAAGUGUUGCACGAAACCUUGCAGCAAUUGUUCGCUCCAGGCGAACAGCCAGAAUGGAUUGAAAGCGACUUCUUCACCGCAGCCAUCGGUGCUGCCGAACUUGCAAAAAGGAAGCCAUACUGGGGCCUCGGGCCGUGA